AUGGGCAAGAUUCCGGUGAAGAUAAAGGCGGUGGUAUACGCGUUGUCGCCGUAUGAGCAGAAAACGAUGAACGGUCUGUGGAAGGAACUCGUGAAUAAGGUUAUUAACAAUGCAUUUACUACUCAAGCGAUUCUCUCCAUUCUUAUGAACUGUGCGGAAGUCGAUAUCGGGUCUGAGUUAUCAGCACUGAAAGAAUUCACCAAAAAUUUCCCUCCCGAGCUUAAAGGGCUCGCGAUUAACAACAGUGAAGCCAUCCGAACCGCCCACAAUAGUUUCGCAAGGCCCGAGCCUUUUGUUCCCGAAGAACAGAAAUCCGCCGGAAAAUACGACGACGUCUAUCAUUUCAUAAGCUACAUACCCGUAGACGGUGUGCUUUACGAGCUUGACGGCUUGAAAGAGGGACCCAUUAGCCUGGGCCAAUGUUCAGGUGGUCAAGGUGAUCUGGACUGGCUCAAGUUGGUGCAGCCUGUGAUUCAAGAAAGAAUUGAAAGGUAUUCACAGAACGAGAUACGGUUCAACCUCAUGGCCAUAAUCAAGAACCGGAAAGAGAUGUAUACGGCUGAGCUCAAAGAACUGCAGCGGAGGAGAGAGCGGCUGCUUCAGCAGCUGUCGACGUUGCAGACGGAUGGCGGCAACGUGGAGGCACUGAACAAGUCGCUUUUGGAAGUGAAUGCUKGGAUCGAGGGGGCGACUGAGAAGAUUCUGGUGGAGGAAGAGAAGUUCAAGAAGUGGAGAACGGAAAAUAUCCGAAGGAAACACAAUUACAUACCGUUUUUGUUCAAUUUCUUGAAGAUUUUGGCGGAGAAGAAGCAGUUGAGACCGCUGAUCGAAAAGGCGAAGCAGAAAACGAGCAACCCGAGGUAA